AUGAACAACAACAAAAAUAAAACACACACCGAUGUAAGUUCCCUUUUACGAAAUAAAAUGAUAACAACAAGUUUAAACAAUACUUUGCAACAAAAUAGUCAUAUACCACAAUUUACUAAACUUGGUGGUAUCGACUAUUUAAAGAAAAGUGUAGAGAAAUACAUAUAUAAUCCAAUUAUGAAAAGGGCGGAAUAUACUUAUAUUGGACAGACACCACCCAUGACUCUACUUAUUUAUGGAGCUAGUGGUGUAGGAAAAUCUUUUUUGGUACAUUCAAUUAGUCAAGAAUACCAGAUACCAAUUAUUUUAGGAAAUCUAAGUAAUGAAAAAGAAGUUAGAGAAACAUUUAGAAAAGGAGAUAUUAAUGAUAAAUCAAUAAUAUUAUUUGACAAUCUUGAUUGUCUUGAUGAAGAAGAUAGCUCUAAAACAACGAAUCAAUUAUCAGAAUGUUUAAAUAAUUAUAGAGGCAAAUCUUUGGUCAUUGGAAUAAUUGAAAAUUUGGCUAAAUUGCCGAAAUCGUUAAAACGUUUUGAUAACGAAUUGCUUAUAAAAAUACCAUCUAUUAAAGAAAGAAAAGAAAUAUGUUUGUUUUUUGCUGAAAAUAUUACACACAGAAUUGAUAAUUGGGAAGUUAUUGCACAAAUGACCCCGGGAUAUACACCUAGAGAUUUAAAAAAGCUUUUUAAGUUGGCAGCAAGUGUUGCUGUGUCUGAUAAUAAGAAAUUUAUUGAAUUAUCUGAUUUUGAGGCCAGUCUUAAAGAAAUAAAAAAACAAGAUGGAAACAUAACAUUUGAUAGUAUUGGGUCUUUGGAUGAUGUCAAAGAAGAACUCAAGAUGAGCAUUAUUUAUCCAUCGAAAUAUCCUGAAAAGUUUAAAAAAAUGGGAAUUAAUAAACCAUCGGGAGUUUUGCUUUAUGGCCCACCUGGAUGCGGAAAAACAUUGUUAGCUAAAGCCGUGUCAAAUAUGAGUCAUUGUAAUUUUAUCAGUGUCAGGGGACCAGAGUUAAUUAGUAAAUUUGUCGGUGAUUCUGAGAAAGAGAUAAGAGAUUUAUUUGGAAAAGCAAAACAUCUACAGCCCUGUGUAAUAUUUUUCGAUGAGAUUGAUUCUUUGUGUCAAAAACGAAACAAUAAUGAUUUUUGUAAUAGAAUUGUUAAUCAAAUAUUGACAUUAUUAGACGGCCUUGAGGAUCGUGGAGACGUAUAUCUAAUAGGUGCCACAAAUAGAUUAGAAAUAUUAGACCAGGCUUUACUUAGACCGGGUAGAUUUGAUAAAAUUAUUGAGGUACCACUUCCUUCACAGUCUGGAUGUAUUGAAAUUUUCAAAAAGUGUAUUCGAAAUAUUCCUAUAGAAGAUUUUGAUGUCUCCGAAUUACCGUUAUUUGGACUUAGUGGUGCAGAAAUAUCUGGUGUUGCAAAAGAAGCUGGAUUGAUAUGCUUAAAAACAAAUUUUGAUAGUAAUGACAUGGUAAUUUCUAAAGAACAUGUUAUUGAGGCUAUAAAUAAGUACAAACUAAGUAGAAAUAAAUAA